CGCUAGCAAUGGCGUUUGUUAAGGCCUCUACUUGCCCGAUAGUCGGAAACAACCAAACGGGUAGUAGUUUUUGGAAGAAGACAACGGAUAGAUUUAACGCGAUUAUGGAGCAUGGUCCGGCUCGUGAUAUCGAAUCCGUCUCGGGCAAGUGGCGUAAAAUGAGCAAGGUCAUCAACAACUUUAACGCGAUUUAUAACCAAAUUUACCUUUCUCCUCCUAGCGGGAGUAACGACGAGGACAUUCUUAACCUUGCUAUCGCCAAGUGGGACUCUCAAAAUCCAACGCCUUUUCCGCACUUCCGAGCAUGGAACGUUGUAAGGAAAUAACAAAAAUGGA